AUGUUCAUUUCCAGCACAAAUAUGAAGCCCAAUGUAGAGAAGUUGGAGGAGUUUGAAUCGGGCAUCUCCCAGGCCCUAUUGGAACUGGAGAUGAACUCAGACCUCAAGGCCCAGCUGCAGGAGCCGAACAUAACAGCCGCCAAGAAAACUGAAGUUGGUGGUGGCUGGAAAGCUAUCGUCAUCUUUGUUCCCGUCCGGCGAUUGACAUCUUUCCUGAAAAUCCAGGUGCGGCUGAUGCACAAGCUGGAGAAGUUUAGAGGGAAGCACACCAUAUUCAUCACUCAGAAGAGAAUUCUGCCUAAUCCAACUCAAAAAAGUCAUAUGAAAAAUAAGCAAAAGCAUCCCAGGAGCUGCACUCUGACUACCAUGCAUGACACCAUCCUGGAGAACUUGGUUUUCCCAAGUGAGAUUGUGGGUAAGAGAAUCCCCAUGAAGCUGGAUGGCAGUUGGCUCAUAAUGGUCCAUUUGGAUAAAGCACAGCAGAACAAUGUAGAACACAAGGUUGAAACAUUUUCUCGUGUCUAUAAGAAGCUCAUGGGCAAGGAUGUGAAUUUUGAAGUCCCAGAGUUUCAGUUGUAA